AUGGAUUGCAAUGGAGUCGAGGACUGCGCUGCGGCCGCCGCCGACGAGCCGCCCUCCAUACCACGUGUGGAUGUGGUUUAUCUUAGCUAUAACUGUAAGAGGAUUCGUCCGACUAUCGCACUGGACAAUGUGUGUACAGUUAGCUUGUACGAGCUGAAGAAGCAUCGCAAGGCUAAGAAAAAUCAAAAGACUCAGAUGAGCUACGAUGCUUAUCAACAUUACAAAUGGUAUAACACCGUACUAUCGAAGCAGCUGAAGGAAGGCGGCGGACCGAUGCUGCUGAAAGUGUUCCACUGGUACAUCGAAUCAUCGCACGGCGAUGCAUUCGAAGUGAACGCCUGCCGCUACGAUGCCGUUUCACUGAUCAUUGCGGCCCACGUGGAACACUUCUACUGUGCAAAGGCAGGCUGCACCAGUGCCCAGGGAAGGCGUCUUCGACUCGGAGACCAAUCCACCGAUCAGGGACCUGAUUCCACGGCGUGCGCUAAGGCCAGAAUUGCGGACUGUCUGGUUCCAUCGACAGCUGCCAGCAGCUGCGGAAUGGUCAACGCACGACUGUUGAAGCAAUGCUCGAAACGGCUUUCUCUCGGUACGAUUAGCGAGGAAUGACACUGUGAUUGUGAUUUAUAAUUGUUCUAGUAUCUAUUUAACAAUCUGCAUCUUCAGACAUUGUAACACGUUUCAAAACAGUAUGUUGCGCAAAACAUUUAUUUAUCUGUAUCCGUUUAUUUUGCCGUUUGUUGUU